CCCAAGGCCAAAGCUGAGGUUGAGGUCCAUCACCACCGAACUCAGGCAUCCCCAUCUUCCAGGAGCCCUUAAUCAUUAUCCUUACUGUCCUUUGGUCUUCCUCUUCCCAGAAUUUUGCUUCAUGUUGAAGAAUAGUUUCCUGUUGUGUACUGGUGAGUGUUAUCUCCAUGUUCCAGUACAACAACCCAUUUUUAUAUGUAAGAAAAGAAACAGGUCCAUCAAAUCUGCUGCUGCUGCUGCAGCUGCAGUUGCUUACAAUGCAACUAGUUCUAGUGCUGCUGCUGCUGCUUCAAACUUAGAGAUAUCAUCUGCUUCAUCUCCUUCAUCGUUCCCACUCUUUCAAACCCCUUCAUCACUCCAACCUACUCCUGCCUCUGAGUUAGAACCGGCAGACCCAGAUUUCUAUAAGAUAGGAUAUGUUAGGAGUGUUAGAGCAUAUGGCAUUGAAUUCAGGGAAGGCCCUGAUGGGUUUGGAGUAUAUGCUUCCAAAGAUGUUGAGCCUCUUCGUCGAGCUAGGGUCAUCAUGGAAAUUCCCUUAGAAUUGAUGUUAACUAUAAGCCAAAAGACACCCUGGAUGUUCUUUCCGGAUAUCAUACCUGUCGGCCAUCCUAUAUUUGACAUCAUCAAUUCAACCAAUCCAGAGAUAGACUGGGACCUGAGGUUGGCAUGUCUUCUUUUAUAUGCAUUUGAUUGCAAAGACAACUUCUGGACACUGUAUGGUGACUUCUUGCCAAGUGCUGAUGAAUGCACUAGCUUGCUUCUAGCGACUGAGGAGGACCUUUUGGAGUUGCAGGAUCACAAUCUUGCUUCCACUAUGAGAGAGCAUCGACAACGGGCAUUAGAAUUCUGGGAAAAGAAUUGGCAUUCUGCUGUUCCUCUUAAAAUAAAGCGUCUUGCUCGUGACCCUGAGAGAUUCAUUUGGGCAGUGAGCAUUGCACAGUCUCGAUGCAUUAAUAUGCAAACAAGAAUAGGUGCUCUGGUUCAAGAUUUAAACAUGUUAGUUCCUUAUGCUGAUAUGCUAAACCAUUCAUUCCAGCCAAAUUGCUUUUUCCACUGGCGUUUCAAAGAUCGCAUGCUUGAGGUGAUGAUUAAUGCUGGACAAAGGAUUAGAAGGGGAGAUGAGAUGACUGUCAAUUACAUGAGUGGAUGGAAGAAUAACUUGUUUAUGCAAAGAUAUGGCUUUUCAUCGCCUGUGAAUCCUUGGGAUGUUAUUCAAUUCUCUGGUGGUGCUCGGAUUCAUUUGGAUUCUUUCUUGUCAGUUUUUAACAUAUCUGGCCUUCCGGAGGAAUAUUACCACAACACAGGUCGGUUGUCAAAUAAUGGAUACAAUUUUGUUGAUGGAGCUGUUUUAGCAGCAGCUAGGACAUUGCCAACAUGGUCAGAUGGAGAUGUCCCUCCAAUACCAAGUAUAGAGCGGAAGGCUGCAAAGGAGUUGCAAGAAGAAUGUCAGCUAAUGCUUGCCGAGUACCCCACAACUGCCAAGGAAGAUCAGCAGAUUCUAGAUUCUAUGCCUGAAGCUAGGAGGACGCUGGAAGCAGCAAUAAAGUAUAGAUUGCACAGAAAAUUACUCAUAGAGAAGGUCAUCCAGGCAUUAGAUGUCUACCAAGAGCAAAUAUUGUUUUGACGCGGACAAAUUUAUGAGGUUUAGCCACUUUUUCUAAGUUGGAAGGAGCCGAAACAGACAAUAUUCAUCUGAGAAUGAGUGGGGUGAUCCCUUCCUCCCCUCCCUGGUCUCUGCAUCUUUUCUUCCACGGAUUGUUUCUUCAGGAGGAUGGGGGAGUAAGGACUAAGGAUUUGGAUCCUGAUACCAACAAUGUGACUGCCACUGGGCUGUCACUUGCGGUGCCUCUGCCUCGACAGCUCUCACUCUUUUGAAGCUUGACUAAUCCUGGGGAUUCUUGGAUCUCCUAAACUUCAACUAGAACAUCCUAGCUGUUGACUUUGCAAAGAAGGAAAAGAUCAGGUUGGAAAACAAAAAUGAAGAGUCGAAGUUGUAUAUUUGGAACCUUUUUGCCACCACACUGGGGGACAAAACUGAUGAUAAUCUAUGACAUCCCAGAAUUAAGGGCAAAACUGCAGUAGGCCAUAUCAGUAAAGAAUCUGAAUCUCAAUAUGAACCAUACCCUAGAGCACUUGUACCCCUCUGUGAAUCGCAGAAAAGGAUGACAAAUUAAAUAGAAAAACAAUUCUUCUUCA